CUUGCACAUGUCCUCUAAACGAGUAGGGCUGCGACCUGUAGAUCGCAACAUUAUAACUAAAAAGAUAACGCCCAGUACACAAUUCAAAUCAAAACCACUUGAACCAACCUCAUGUCAACUCGAAAAUACCCCAACAAGACAGCAAAGCACACAAAGCACACAAAAGAAAGGAAAUAAAGUAAAGCUUGAAAGACCCGUUAUGAAACCAGAGCGAAAAAAGAUAAUGCUGGACCUUUUUCAAGAUGAUGAUACACCUAUUCGAAAAUUGCCGUUUGAUUGCUUAUUGAUGAUAUUUCGAUAUUGCCCACUAGCAACAUUGCUUAGUCUGGCUAGUGUCAAUCGUAACUGGCGAAAGAUAGCACAAACCCCUUCACUGUGGACAGAUUUGACCGUGCCAUGGUUUGCCUUUUAUCAAUCAACAACCUCACUAAAACAUACACCAAAACCGUCUUUACGCUUUCAACAUGUCCGGGUCUUGACAAUUAACGUUAACAGUGAAAUGAUUAUGGAAAGUUACACGCACUAUAUAAAAUAUUCCCCUUUUGGACAAGUCGAGACGUUAAACACGAUCAAUAUGCCACUUCGUUAUAUACAAUAUGUCACCGUUUGGACACCAAAUAUAAUCAGUUUAAAUUGUCAAGACAUUCCUGUAGAAGCAAAAGAAUCUAUGGUUAUGCCAAAGUUCAAAGGCCUUGAUAAACUAGAUAGCUUAAGGUUGAAAUUCGCACAACCGUAUCGUCUGGAAAUAUCACCUUUUUUAAACAGAUUCGGUCAAGAUAUUUGUCCAGAUGUCUUUCCAUCCACAUUGAGCACAUUAGAGUUGACCAAUUUGACAGAUGAUGAAGAGGGCAUAUACUCCGAUCAGGCUAUCGAUUAUCUAAUCCGGUUGCGACAGAGAGGAAAUGAUACAACAGACUCCAUACAAUAUUUCGUGAAUCAUGCAGAAGUGGAAGCAGCCAAGAAAUACUCCAUUUUUUCCUCAUUGAAUAAUUUGACUAGUUUAUCAUUGGAUCGUCUCAGUAGAUAUACAACCAUUGCUUGGAGUGAAUAUAUGCAAUCCUGCAGUAAGAAAUUGACAUAUAUCUCCUUGAAAGGUUAUAAGGGCAGGAUCAAAACGCUAGAUAUGGCCAUACCAGAAGACUAUGGGUUAUCUGUAUUUAUCGCAUCACUCUGCAACAUAGAAACCAUUUUCCUGGACGACUUUCUCUGUACUCCCGACCUGAUUCUAGGUUUAAAAAAAUUGACGGAAUCAGAUAAAAUUUAUCACAUUGAAAAUACCAUUGAAAAUGCCACAGACAUUAACGAUUAUCUCGAUAAGCAAUUACACAACUUUAGCAUAUCCAUUAAAAAAAUAAAAAACGAAGUCAUGACUGUUUAA